UUUACUAAUAAAAAGAUGACAAAUACAACCAAGAAGGAAACAAAAGCUGAAGGGAAGCACCAGUUGCACAAUGUGCGCUUCUAUACUAUCAAACCCCGUGCCAUUGUUAGCUUGGCCUACAGCAAAAAGAGCAAGUGUCUCGCGCUGAGUCGAGAAUCACCCAGCUUAGAGCUGUGGAAUCUGGAACAUACACCCUACCUGGAUUCUGUUAUUCACCUGCCAGAAGAUUCUUCGGUGGAGUCUUUAGUCUGGGCUGGCAGUCGACUGUUUUCCGUGGAUCUCUCGGGCCAUCUUAUCGAAUGGGAUCUUAAAACCCUCAAGCCACGUAUUGAGCAUUCUCCUACCGGCAAUGCCCUCUGGUGCGUAGACGUCAAUCCCUCAGAAACGGAGCUCGCAGUGGGAUCGGAGGAGGGCCACAUAAACAUCCUGAGCAUUGAAAACGAUGAAGUCACCUACAAAUCGCUCUUCAACCAGCAGAAGGGCCGCGUGCUCUGCCUAAAGUUCGACAAAACAGGAAAAAAACUAGUAUCUGGCACAGAGGGAUUCGUUCGGAUUUGGAAUGUCCUCAAAGGAACCACUCUACACACCAUGACGCUCUCAGCAAAGGAUGUGAUUGUGUGGUCUCUUCAGGUUCUAUCCGAUAAUACGAUAAUAGCUGGAGACUCGGAGGGAUGUGUGACUGUUUGGAAUGCCGAGAACGCCGCGCAGAUCGAUUCUACUCGAGUCUUGGACAAGAACGUAUUUGCCCUCGCUGUGAACGAAAAGGAGGAUCGCCUGGUUUGCAGUGGAAUGGAGCCGCCCCUGAUUCGAGUCUUCAGCAAAACUCAGAUCAAGCGGGAGGAGUCCACCAGCGAGCGCUGGAUUAAGUUCGUUCAGCGCGACGCCCACAAGCACUACGUCAAAUCCCUGGCACUGGUUGAUGGCCAGAUUUUUUCUGGAGGCCUGGACGGCAUCUUGACCAUCACAUCCAGCGAAAGGAUGCAAGCGCAGCUCUCACAGCAUGCUCCCUUCCUAAAAGGAUCAGUGGCAUCGGUAGCUGCCAGUCAGAAGCUUCUACUCCUGAGGUAUCCAAACAGCCUCCAUCUCUGGCAGUUGGGAUCAGUAGCUGCCACCGACGAGGAGAAAAAGAAGUCCUGGAAUCAUCCAGUGGGCCAUACGGAGGAGCUCCUUUUGGAACAGCCACCUCAGAAGCUCCUCGAGCUGAAUGUGAAGGAGAACAGCUUCAUACAGGCCGCCGCCAUUUCCCCCGAUGCCAAUUGGAUCUGUUACUCCACGCUCACUGAGCUCAGGCUAACGCGUGUGACACGAGACCCGCUCGCAGUGGAGCGUCUGGUGGACGAUCUUCCCGAGGAACUAGGACCCUCCAGUCACAUCAUCUUCACCAAACGGGAUAAGCUGGCACUCCUGAACCCCCAAAACAAUCACCUCAGCUGGUUUAAUCUGAAGGAAAAUAGCGUUGUCUUCCAAAACAGCAUCGACCUGAGUAGCCAUUGCACAUCUGCGAUCAGCCAUCUGGUGGUUUCCCAUAGCGGGGAGUACGUUGUGGCAGCCACAUCCACAAAACUGAUUGCCGUUUGGAAGCUUCAGGGCAAGAAGUACGAGCACCUGUUGAAUCUGCCGCGAUAUCGUGCGGGAACCACUGCUCUGUCCAUUCAUCAGGAUCAUCCACGGGUGGUGGUGGCCUACGCCGAUGGUCGGUUGGUGGAGUACGAUUUAGUCAAGAAGAGGUUCACUUGCGAGACGGACGAGUACCUGAUCCCAGACACAAGGCACUACUGCAUCAACGGCAUCAGCCUGGAUCCCAAGAACCCCAACAUAUUCCUCGUGCACACAGAAACCAGCUUGUAUGUGCUGGAGAGGGUUCAGUCUCUAGAUCAAGCGGACUAUGUGGUGGACUCAAAGUCCAAGAAGUUGACGAAUCAGAAGCGUACUUCGCUGUCAGACAGUGGGAAGGGAUUGGCUAUCAAGACUCAGUUGCCCAGACAGCACCUGGUGCACGUGUCCCGGCUGAGUCCUAACGAACUUGUCAACGUCAGCAUUUCGACAAACAAUCUGCUCGCCACGCUGCCGCCGCCGUUCCAGCGAAAGAAGUUCGCAGCCGCGUAGGCGGAGGCACGGAGGCGACAACCCGGAGGAUGAACGAAGGAGGACCACUUCGCUUAGGUUUACCUACUAGUUUCCACAUAGUUACCAAAUAAAAUCAAAGUAGAAAACAA